AUGAGUUAAGGAGAAACCUAAACAAAAAUUAAUUUUUUUAGAAGACCAACUGUUAACAAAUAAUAUCUUAAAGGCAUUUAGUAACAAGAUGGCUCAUAAUAUUCGGAAACUUUUUACAAAAAAUUUGACUCUAUAAAAUAGUAGAAUAUAAAAAUAAGUGUGAAAAAAAAUUGCUCAGAAGAAAAAGAAUAACAAAAAGGAUAUGAAAUUUCUGUAAAAAUAUCAAAAGAGAAUUCAUUUGAUGAAGCAUAUUAAGAGAAAUUAAUCUAAUUUAUUAAGAAAUUUUUUUUUAAUGGCCAAUUCUAAUUAGCACUAUCUUACCCUCAUAUAAUGGGAGAAAAAUAAAAAAAUGAUUUAUCAAAAGAAUAUAAAGAUCUAUAAUGUUAGAUGAAAGAAAUAGUAUUUGAUGAAUCUGAUUAUUUAUUUUAUUAAAAAAUUUACCAAUUCAAAGGUUAAGAAAAGUUUGGAAUAUCUGCUGAUUUGUAAAUGCUAAUAUUUGAUAAAUUUAUAUUUUAAGAUUUGAAAUCUAAGGCUAAAACAGAAGGGUAUCAUUUUGAAUGCAAUUUUAAAGAAUAUUAAUGUUCCAUCCCAACUCCUAAUAAUACAUUACAUGAUAUAAAGAAACAAAUGCAAUUCUUCGUUAAUAAUGUCUACAAUACUUUAAAUAAAUAUGAUAUCAUUGAAAUUGAUACUAAAACAAAGUAGGAAUCCUAAAUAAUCUAUUAAUUGGUGUAAAAAUAUCAAUAAGUGAUUUCUUAAGAAAUGAAUACAAAAGUAUUUCCUGUGAUCAUUAAUCUUAAUAAUUUAUAGGAAAACCCUAAAAAAUAUAUAGAUGGUGAUUUUAUUAAAAACAUCAAUUAAACAUUAAAGUAUGAUAAACUCUAUUUAGUUGUUGAGAAAAAUGAUUAAUAUUUAGAUGUAAUUUAUUAAGAAUAUAUGAAAUUUAUGAAUAGUAGAAAUAACAUUUUUUAUGAAAGUUAUAAGAAUGAAGUUAAAUUUAAAGAAAUUUAUGAUGAGUCUCUUAAUUAACAAUUGGAAAAUUUGUAAAAAGAGUUUAAAAAUAUAAGUAUCUAUGUAUCCCUCCCAAAAUAAAUUAAUAAUAAUGAAUAUGAAGUUUAAAUUUUAUGUGAAACUUGGCAAGAUGUUAUGAUAAAUCCUUUUAAAUUUAAAUAAGACUGUAACUAAAUCAUAAAAAAGUUAUAACAUAUUUAUACACCAUAUAUUCAAAUAAGAAUGAAGGAUUCAUAAAAAGUAUUAAUUUGGUAGGAAUAUUUGAAGAGCUAGCUUGAUAAAUAAUUGAUUUAAUAUAUCAAUGAUGGUACUAAGAGGUCGAAUCGUAACGAAAAUUAAAAUGAUUUUAUUAUUAGAAUAUCAACAAAUCAUCCUUAAUACGAAGAAGAAUAGAGAAGAAUAAAAUAACAAUUAGAAAAUUUUCAAUUAUCGAAUAUUGAUGUAUAUAAUGAUAAUGUAUAACUAUAAAAAUUCAUUGCUGAAAAUAUUGAUAAAGAUGAAUUUGAAAAUAUUUUAAACAACUUCCAACAGCAAGAAAAUGCAAAAAUAGCCUAAAUUAAAUUAUUAGCUGUUUAGGGAUAGAAAUUUCAAUUUAAAGUUAUUCAUUAUAAUCAAUAUUCUAGAAAUGAUAUAGAAGAUGUGAUAAAAAGUUAAUUCGUUAAUGAUCUAAAAUAAUUAGAAAUAAAAUUUCCUUUUAUCUCAUUUCUUAAGUAUCUAAAGUUAGAAAUUCCAAAACAAAUUACAGAUAAAGAUAUUUUAUCAGUUAUCCCUAAGGAUAAUAAAUAAAAGGUAAUUAUUAUAGGGAAAAACUAACAUAUAUUGAAAUUUCAAGAUAUUAUUAAAGAAAUUGAAAAAAAAUAUUAGGAUAAUAGAAUGAAAAUUCAACUUUUUAUCAAGCAAAAAUCACUUUUAGAUGAGAUAUUUAAGAAUUUGAAAUAGCAAGACUUUUGUGAUGUUUAUUAUGAUAUAUAAACUAUUGAAUUUUUGAAGCAAGACUUUGACAUUAUCUAUAACUUUUUAAAAAAUUUAGAACAAUCUUAUGAGACUUCUAAGGUGCUUAUUCUGGAUGUUAAUGGUUAUAAGAAAAUUGAAAAGAUAAAUCUAAAAGAAAUUGAAAAAAAAGAAUAAGUAAUUAUUGAUAUUUAAAGUGUCUCUAUAAUAAAUCCUCUAACAGCAAAAGGGUUUCUUCUAAAUAUAGGAUAUAAUAAACAAAUAAAAUUUAUAAAAGGGAAUAUAUCUUAAAUCUAAUGUUAAGCUAUUGUUUUAGAAUUUUUGAAAAAUGUCGAUUUUAGCGAAGAAAGACUUUAAAAUGAUUAAAUCAAAAAUAUAAUAAACUUCAUUUAAGGGGAAAAUAACAAAAAAGAAUUAUUAUAAUAAUGGAAGCAUUAAAGUUAAGAAUAAGAUAUAGAAGAUAUUCAUUGUAAAAAAUUGGAAAAUCAUAAAAAUUAAAUAGAGUAUUUAUUUUAAAUUUAUCCAAAAUUUAAUAGGCAAGCUGCAAGUUUGGAAAAUAAUUUAUUGCAUAUUAAAUCUCUGAUUACAUAAGUAUUUUAAAAAAGCAAAGAACACAAUAUAACAUAAAUUGCAUUUCCACUCAUUGGAGUUGGAUUAUUUGGUUAUAGCUUAAAAGAAAUUUAAUAAGUUUUAAUUUAAGAAAUAAUCUCUUAAUUGUCAUAUUAAAAUUGUUAAAUAUCAUAAGUAUUUGUAGUUAUUUAGAAUGAAUAGGAUUAUAGAUAAGUUUAAGAAUAUUGUAAAAAUAUUUCAAAUAACACAAAUUUGAAUUAGACUAAUUAUAAUUUAUAAAGUAUUAGUACAUAGGUACCUUGUUGCUAAAUUUAAAUAGAUGGUGAUCUAAUUGAUAUUGAAGAUUCUAAUGUAAGUGAGCAAAUUAGUUAUAAAUAUUAACAAUUAAAAUAAGGUUAAUAAAUUGAACCUUUUACUAUUACACACCCUUAUUCAAAAUAUCCAUUCACUCAUUCAAUUGAUUUGAAAAAUAAUAAAAUGAUACAAAAAAAAGACAAUACUUAGUCGAAAAUUGAGUUUAUAGAUUUAUUUAAACAAAGAAUAUACUUUAUUGAUUAACAAUAAGUAUCUGAAAGUCUAAAUUAAUAUUUAAUAUUAAAGCAUGAAUAAAAUAAGCUAAAUGAAUUUGAAAUAUAUUAUGCAUAAGAUGAAGUGAAAGUAAUUCAUUCUUAAUUUUACAUAAAAACCAAUAUUUUUGAAAAUUUUUAAAAAGUUUUUAUUAAAUCUAAGAAAGAUUAAUUUAAAAAAACUAAUAGGGAAAUUCAAAUUAAUUUUGAACAAUUUGAAUAAUAAGGUGAAGAAACAGAUAAUAAUGACUAAAAAUGGUAACUUGAGAUAUUGUCUGACAAUACAUAAAAAAUUAAGAGAGCCAUAGAUUCAAUUAAAGAACGAUAUGAAUUAGAGAUUAGAUGA